GCAGGUUUGUUGCCAUGGAGUCCACAUUCUAACUCUUUGGAGUUAAGGAGUGCAAAGGUGACAGUUUGUUUUUCAUUUCAAAGAUCCGGCAAAAAGAUAGGCUGUUGCUCUUCUUCUGGAAAAGCUUGAUUGGCAGGAUUCCUUCAAAGGUUCAGUCCCUGAAGUGUUUUAUCCCACUUCCUCACCAACUUGCAAACUAAAAUCUUGCCGAGAUCCUCUGGAGACAAACAUCCAGGGCUCCAUCAUUUCACACAAAUGGCUAAUCCUGGAGGUGGUGCUGUUUGCAAUGGGAAUCUUCACAAUCAGAAGAAACAGAACAACUCUUCACAAAGUGGAAACUGCAGUCAGAAUGGGAUCGUGAAAGAAGCCCAGCAAAAUGGAAAGCCACAUUUUUGUAAGCCAAUUGUUGAAUCAUUUGAGGAAGCACCUCUUCAUGUAAUGGUUUUCACUUACAUGGGGUAUGGACUUGGAACCUUAUUUGGACAUUUCAGAGACUUUUUGAGAAACUGGGGAAUAGAAAAAUGCAACGCUGCCAUAGAACGAAAAGAACAAAAAGAUUUUGUGCCACUGUAUCAAGACUUUGAGAAUUUUUACAAGAGGAACAUUUACAUGCGAAUCAGAGACAAUUGGAACCGGCCCAUCUGCAGUGCCCCAGGGCCUCAGUUUGAUGUAAUGGAGAGGGUGUCAGAUGACUACAACUGGACAUUUAGAUUUACUGGAAGAAUCAUCAAAGAUGUCAUCAACAUGGGCUCUUAUAACUUCCUUGGCCUUACAGGCAAAUAUAAUGAAUCUAUGAGGACAGUAGAGGAUGUUUUGGAAGCAUAUGGCACAGGUGUGUCCAGCACCAGGCACGAGAUGGGUACCUUGGAUAAGCACAGAGAGUUGGAGGACCUUGUGGCUAAGUUCCUGAACGUAGAAGCAGCUAUGGUCUUUGGGAUGGGAUUUGCAACUAACUCCAUGAAUAUCCCUGCACUAGUUGGAAAGGGAUGCCUCAUUUUAAGUGAUGAGCUAAACCACGCAUCUCUUGUUCUUGGGGCUCGACUCUCAGGUGCAACCAUAAGGACCUUCAAACACAACAACCCACAAAACCUAGAGAAGCUCCUGAGAGAGGCAGUAAUCUACGGCCAGCCACGAACUCACAGAGCUUGGAAAAAGAUUCUCAUUCUGGUGGAGGGUGUCUAUAGCAUGGAAGGUUCCAUUGUGCACCUGCCCCAGAUCGUGGCUCUGAAGAAUAAAUACAAGGCUUACCUCUUCAUGGAUGAGGCUCACAGCAUUGGGGCUCUGGGCCCUACCGGCCGGGGUGUCACAGAAUUCUAUGGAAUGGACCCUCACGAUGUUGAUGUGUUGAUGGGCACAUUCACGAAAAGUUUUGGAGCCUCAGGAGGUUACCUAGCUGGAAGGAAGGACCUUGUGGAUUAUUUACGGGUUAACUCACACAGUGCUGUGUAUGGCACAGCAAUGAGUCCUCCGAUAUCAGAGCACAUCAUCAGGUCAAUUAAAUUCCUCAUGGGAAUGGAUGGGACCACGCAAGGACUGCAGAGAGUACAACAACUUGCAAAAAACACGAGAUACUUCAGAAGGAGGCUACAUGAAAUGGGAUUCAUUAUUUAUGGCAAUGAGGAAUCUCCUGUUAUACCCCUGCUCCUUUAUAUGCCUGGUAAAGUAGCGGCUUUUGCAAGGCAUCUGUUAAAGCGAAAAAUUGGGGUGGUGGUUGUUGGGUUUCCAGCCACCCCCAUUGCAGAAGCUCGAGCUCGAUUUUGUCUUUCAGCAGCACAUACACGGAAGAUGUUAGACACAGUCUUGGAAGCCCUUGAUGACAUAGGUGAUCUCUUACAACUGAAAUAUUCCCGGCACAGGAAGUCAGCACGUCCUGAACUCUAUGACGAGACAAGCUUUGAACUUGACGAUUAAGUCUUCAGGUCCUGAUUGGUCUUUUUCCUGAAAGACCUCCCUCC